AUGGCUCAACGAAGCUCCAUUUCCAAGAGCGACGUCGAAGUCGCCGACCACAAGCCUUCUCACCUCGAAAACAGCAACGAAGCAAUCGAGAUCGGCGGUUUCCGCGUCUUUGGUCUAGACCCUGACGAUGCCGACUUCUACAAUAGCUACACUGAGGAGCAGCGGAAGAAGGUCUUCCGAAAGGUUGACGUGCGACUUGUUCCAAUGCUUGCGUUGCUGUACUUGAUUUGCCACAUUGAUCGUGCCAAUAUUGGUAACGCAAAGAUUGAGGGCAUGGUUGAGGACUUGGGCAUGACUGGUGUCCAGUACAACACCAUCUUGUCCAUCUUCUUUGUCCCUUACGUCCUCCUCGAAGUUCCCAGUAACAUCUUGCUCAAGAAGUUCAAGCGACCCUCCAUGUACCUUGGCAUUCUCACUGUUUGCUGGGGUAUUGUCAUGACCUGCACCGGACUUGUACAAAACUUUGGUGGUCUGAUGGCUACACGAGUUCUCCUCGGUAUCUUCGAAGCCGGCUUCUUCCCCGGUGCCAUCUACCUCUGCAGUUACUGGUACAUGCCCAAGGAUCUGUCUACCCGAAUCUCAUACUUCUACUGCGCCAGUGCCUUGUCAGGUGCCUUCUCUGGUCUUCUCGCUGCCGGUAUCGCUGAGAUGGACGGUGUCGCAGGCCUUGAGGGUUGGCGAUGGAUCUUCCUUCUUGAGGGCAUUGUUACCGUUGUUCUCGGUGUCGCAUGCUUCUUCUUCCUCAUCGACACACCUGCACUGUCUUCGCGCUGGUUGGAGCCCGAGGAGAUUCGAUUCCUUGAGCUUUCCAUGUUCAUCAAGCAGGGUGGUGGUUUCCAAGAGGAAAGCACCGUCCGCUGGAAGGAUAUCAAGAUGGUGCUUACCAACUGGCGUGUCUAUGUCCAGGCCUACUUUCUUCUGUGCCAAUCUGCUCUCUCUUACGGUACCAAGUUUACUCUGCCAUCCAUCACAAAGGCCAUGGGCUUCAGCAACACCAACGCUCAGCUUACCUCUGCUCCCCCAUACGUCGCCGCUGCCAUCUCUGCCAUUUGCUUCGCCAAGGUCUCCGAUCGUUUCUUCUGGCGCAUGCCUUUCGUCGCUAUUCCCAUGAUCAUCGUCACAAUCGCAUACUCAGUCAUCAUCUCUCUCAAGGGUGAACUCGAGUCCAAGAAGGGUGUCGCCUACUUCGCCGUCGUGCUCGCCGUCGUUGGUAUUUACCCGAUCCAGGCCGCAGCCGCUUCAUGGAACGCCAACAAUAUCGCGCCUUCAUCUCGACGAGCCAUUGGUAUCGCGCUGAUGAACUGUGUCGGAAACGUCGGUGGUAUCGUUGGUAGUUUCAUGUACCUCGAGAGUGAGAAGCCCAAGUACUACACUGGUUUCGGUCUCAGUUUGGCCUUUGGAGCAACUGGUCUUAUGGUUGCCUUGCUCCUGGAGAUGAGCUAUAAGCAUGCCAAUGCUCGUAAGGCUAAGAUUGCGGAUGAGGCUAAGAGAAAGUACACCGAGGAGGAGUUGUUUGAGAUGGGUGACAGAUCCCCAUUGUUCAAGCACGUCCUGUAA